CUAUGACUUCCGGUGAGGGCGUGUUGAUAGCGGCCAGCGCCUCCUCUCCCCUCCCAGACCAGCAGAGGCAGCAGCAGAAGCCGCAGCUCCCGCCAGCCCCUCCCGCCGUCGCCAUUCCUCGCCCGCCCGGCUCUCUCCUUCCCUCCCUCCCCGGGGCCUCUCGCCUCCGGAUCGCUCCUUCCUCCCCAUUCCUCCCUUGUUUUUCCUCCCCCUCUCUCCUCCUCCCUUCCCCGUCUCUCACUCGGUGUUUUCCCGCCCUCGCUCCUCACGGCGGUCGUCCUUUGUAAAUUGGCAGGUAAGCGGCGCACAGUGACCGGUCAGUCAGGCUUUGUUAUUGCCGCGGCUGGCUAGGCCCGAGCUCAUUGUAUUGGGUGCUCCCACCAUGUGAGGCGGCCAUGGCAGCCGCGUUAACCCCCUCCUCCCCGGGAGGAUGGAGCCUGGCCACGUGACCAGCACGCUCCCAGCGAUGAUAAAUAUGGAGCCCAUCCAUCGCUGAAUGGAGCUCUCCUCCUCCUCCAUGGCGGCUCCAUGUGGCCAUCACACGCCCCUCUGCAUCAUGGGCCUCGGCCAUGCCCUGCUCCUGGAAGGUGACUGGGCUGCCCUGCGUGCAUGGUUAAAGGGCACACUAAAGCACCUGGAUUGAUGGAACCCCCCCCAAAAAACCCAGAGAACAUAGAGGGGGGAUGUUCCCAAUGACCUCUGAAUGUUCUCUUUAAGAAUAAUGCAGGCCCGCUUAUUUAACUUUAGUGAUCUUAUUACCAUGGCAACAUGAGCCAUUUAAAAAAAGUUAAUAUACUGUGUGCAUUAAUUAUAUAUUUAUUUAUUUUAAAUUGAAUGUUUAAAACACUUGCGUCUAAUCCACUUCUAUUGUGUUUUUUUUUUUUUUUUUUUAAUGGCAUAAGCAUAUCCUCACACCGCAAAAUUUAUUUUAGCAGGCUUUUUAGACUCAGAUUUUUGGCCAAGGAUGCUAUGUUGGUAUCUAAGAUAAGCAUAAGUGGAUUAUGCUGCCAACACUUUAUUUUUUUCAGAUUGACCUUUUAGAAUUGUGACCUAGAAAAGCCUACUUGGAUGUACAGUUAAAGGACCACUCUAGGCACCCAGACCACUUCAGUUUAAUGAAGUGGUCUGGGUGCCUGGUUCAGCUAGGGUUAACCCAUUUUUUUUUUUUUUAAUAAACAAAGCAGUUUCAAAGAAACUAUGUUUAUAAAUGGUUUAAUCCAGCCUCUAGUGGCUCUCAUUGACAGCCGCUAGAAGCGUUUACUUGCACAGCGAGAAGACGCAAGCAUCCAUAGGAAAGCCUUAUGAAUACUUUCCUAUGAGACUGGCUGCGUGUGCAGCUCCUGCUGCGCAUGCGCAUUCAGCUGGAGAGAAGAGCUCCCUGCCCGGCGCUGGAGAAAGGUACGAUUUUAACCCCUUCCUCUCCCCAGAGCCCGGCGGGGGCACCCUCAGGGCACUAUAGUGCCAGGAAAACAUGAUUAUUUUUUUUUUUGGCACUAUAGUGGUCCUUUAAUGUUUUCUCUCCAAAUGCAACUCCCCCUGAUCUGUUAAAAUUGAAUUAUUUUUUAGAGCGAAACAGAGUUCAUAUAUGUCUAAUAUUGUGUUGCUCCAGUAUUUUGUCUUGAGUUAGAUGUUAGUGUGGCAAGUCCAAGAUCAAUAAGUUGAUUGUUAUGGAAGUAGACAUCAGUUUGUGCUUUUUAAAACGUCCUGUAUUGUUUUGUCUUGCAGGCCAUCUUCUUUUGCCUAUGCCAGUAUGUUUGUGAAUUACACUUUUUCUGAUAGAAUUUACUACAGCAAGAAAAGUGAUGCAAAAUCUGUUGGCCCUAUAUACAUGUUAAAGGGACACUAUAGUCACCCAGACCACUUCAGCUCAAUGAAGUGGUCUGUGUGCCAGGUCCCUCAGGUUUUAACCCUUCAGAUGCAAACAUAGCAUUUUUAGAGAAACUAGAGGCGCAUCUGCGAUGCUGGAUGCAAAUUUUGCAUCCAUCGCGUCCAUAGUUCGCAUUCGGGGGACCUGACGUCGGACGGGGAGGAGAGGUCACCGGCGCUGGAAUAAGGUAAGCUGCUGAAGGGGUUUUAACUCCAACGCACCCUCAGGGCACUAUAGUGUCAGGAAAACCGCUUUGUUUUCGUGAUACUGUAAUAGUGUUAAUUUACUGUUAAAAUACUUCCUUAUAACAUGGGUUCAGGGCUCAACAUUUCCAAUUGCUACUAACCAUUGGCAAAUGGAAAUUGUAGUUCUGGCACGUACACACUCGGUGAGCAUACAGUGUGGGGUAAAUCUUAGGCCUGGCAAGUAGCAAAGAAAUACAAAAUUUGCAGCCCUGAUAAAUUGAUUUGGGUUUGUAAGUUAAUGUAUUUGCACAGUAGACUUCUUACAGGGUUAUUCAUUAAACUGUUGGGAAUUUAUAUUGAAUUUCAAAUUAAUGGCUGAACUGGAAAACGUCUAGCUAACAUGCUUACAGAUGUCUAAUUUGGUCAUAAUUUUAAAAUAUGAAUUCCCAACAAAAGUGUUGCUCAAGCAUUUUUAUCUUUUUUGAGUUCCUCUAAGAAAAAUCCUGCCCCCCCCCCUCCAUAAAACUCAAAUGUUUGUUUUACAAUUUUGUUCCUCGUUGUCAUUAAUUUGCUUCCAACAUUUAAAGUUGCCCUGUUCCUUUCACUACAUAUCGGCUGAGGAGACACCGUUUGAUUCUUUCCUGGCAUGGUGUUAACUGGAAAGUGGCGGUCACCUUAAACAUUUCUCCUAUUGUUACAUCUUCCUCUUUCAGAAUCUGUUUUUAUUUCUGCUCUAGUUCUCUUUAAAACAUAACGUAGGAACUAUUGUCUUCUGUGUUUUUUUUUUUUUUUUUCUAUGCUUGACAAAUGUGAGAAAAGGGUGGGGCCUAAGGCAAACGUAAAGGACCACUAUAGUGCCAGGAAAACACGUUUCAUGACACUAUAGUGUUAAUAGGUCCCCCUCCUUCCGGGCUAGGGGGAGGAAGGGGUUAAACACUUACCUUUCUCCAGCGCCUGGCUCCCUCUUCCGGCGUCAUCGGCUGAAUGAAUGGUUGAAUGCACGGCAAGAGCCGCGUUUUCAACCAGUCCAUAGGAAAGCAUUUCUCAUUGCUUUCAUGUGGACGCUGGUGGUUUUUCUCAGUGAGAAGCGCUUCUAGCGGCUGUCAAUGAGACAGCCACUAGAGGCUGGAUUAACCCGAAUGUAAACAGAGCAGUUUCUCUGAAACUGCUCUGUUUACAUGUGAAGGGUUAAAACCUGGGGGAGCUGGCACCCAGACCACUUCAUGAAGCUGAAGUGGUCUGGGUGCCUAUAGUGGUCCUUUAAUUUAAUGUCAAGAUUGGCAUUUAAAAAAAAUAAAAUAAGACAAAGCAGUCCCCACUUUGUCGGAAUUUAAAGAGUACUAGAACAAAUUCUGAAAGAUGAAAUGAUAGUAAAAAGAUAAGUUUGUGACUGAGCCACAUUAAAUGAAACUGAUGUGUCCUCUGUCACGCUGAAUAGAAAACUUAAGCAUUUCUUAAAAAUAAAAUCUGUUUAGGAAAGUCAUAACGACUUAUGCUUCAUUGACGUUUAAAAGUCAUAAAGGACCACUAUAGUGCCUGGAAAACAUACUCGUUUUCCUGGCACUAUACUGCCUUGAGAGUGCCCCCACCCUCAGGGUCCCUCUCCUGCCGGGUUUUAGGGUGAGGAAGGGGUUAAACUUACCUCUUUCUCCAGCGCCGGCGGGGAGCUCUCCUCCUCUUCGACUGAAUGCGCAUGCGUGGCAGGAGCUGCACGCGCAUUCAGCCAGUCCAUAGGAAAGCAUUCACAAUGCUUUCCUAUGGACGCUGCUGUCUUCUCACUGUGAAAAUCAGUGAGAAGCCCUCUAGCGGCUGUCAAUGAGACAGCCACUAGAGGCUGGAUUCACCCAUGUAUAAACAUAGCAGUUUCUCUGAAACUAUGUUUAUAUAAAAAAAGUUAACCCUAGCUGGACCUGGCACCCAGACCACCUCUUUAAGCUGAAGUGGUCUGGGUGCCUAUAGUGGUCCUUUAAAGAAACAAGACAAAGUAGAGGCUACUUUGGCUUUUAGUAAGUGUGCCUUGACAAAAGACUGAGCUAGAUCCCUCAGGUUUUGUCACUUCCCCCAGCCUUCACAGGCAGUAGCUGUGAAAUAAAGUAUUCUCUUGCAUCGUGAAACUACUUAUGGAAGCUCUCAUGGGAUCUCUUGUAGACAUCAGUGUCGUACCUUUGUGGAUGUGCAAGAGUACAGCACUGAUGUUGGCUCCUGGUUAGUGAAGCACCAUGAAGAUUAAUAUUGAAAAUGGUUGGAGCCCUGCAGGAUUUCAGGGUUGGGAGAUCGGCCGUGCGCUCCCUGAAAAUAAUGCACACCUACGUUUGUCAACCAAUCAGAUUGAAGCAUUCAACGGUCUUGUAGUAUAGGGUGAUAUAAAUAACCCAUUAACUCCCUGCUGAUAAUUAUAAACUCACCUGUUGGUGUCCUGAAAGCAAGAUAUAAGAAAACAUGUGACGUGACAGUUCCUCUUUAUGUCCAUUAUAAUACUAAUUCUUGAGCAUUUGUUGUCCAUGGACCAAAUAUAAACUGGGAAGUCCUAUCGUAAAAAAUCUUGCAAAAUAUCUUGGGAUUUGUUAAGAAAUUAGGUUAUAAAGUAAAAAAAAAAACUUAUUUGGAAUUGCAGAUUGUAGGCCAGAACUAUCGCAGUGGGAAAUUUUAGUCGCUGACCAAAAGAAUAAUUUUCGGUUUAAUUCCCCAAAAAUCUUUAUAAAAUAGCAUUGCUUAUGUUGGAGGAUUCAAUUUUGUAUCUCCACUUGUGGUAGUGGACUGAAAGUGGUGUUUGGUAUGAUGUACCUAUAGGAUUAAGGUGAAUUAGAGUUUACACUUUUUUUUUUUUAUUUCUCUGAAUAUUUUUAUAUGCGGUUUACAGAAAGUAAAUGAGGGGGGGAAAAAAGCCAAACACACUGAAUGAAAAGUAGGAGCCACCACUUAAUAGCACUUUGACCACUUUGAUUUGAUGGGGUCAUGGUGCUUGUUUGUACAUACAAAGAUAAAUUAACUUUGCUGUUAGCCCGUCUCUGGUAGGUGGUUUUUUUUUUGUUUUUUUUUUUUUGCAACCUGGAAAUGCUGCUAAUUUUAGUGUAAAUUUUGUGCGUAAAAUUCGCCCUAAGGAGACGAGAUAUCACCGGGGAUUGGAAUGCGGGAAGAGCAUGGCACUAACAAAACAGUGCUUUAUUAACACUUGGAUUUGAGUAACCCUUUAAAGCAAAUCCGAUAGCAUUCUAGUCCAUAACUAGUGCUCCACAACCUGCAUAAACCGUUAUACUUAAUUCUUUUUAAUGCAAAGACUCCCGUGGUGCAGCUGACCUCUCUGCAUUCCACAAUGUCACUGAGGAGGCAUUGUUUUCUUGUCACUGAGCUUCUUCGGACAUCAUGCACAUAAUGUGGCAAGUGUUACGCACACCCAGGGCUUCUCAUAGGAAAGAAGUGAAUUAAAUGGUUGGUUUGAGCUGCAACAUCAUAUGACAAAAUUCACUUGACUAUUGCAGUGGAACCGCCUCUAGUACAAAAACAUGACAGCCACCAGAGAUGUUUUUAACCCUUCAGGGUAAAUAUUCCAUGAAGGUUUAAAAUGGAGGACCACUGCCCCAGACAUUCAUUUAGAUGAAGUGGUCUGGUUGACUUUCAUAGUCCUUUAAACUGUACAGAUGUAUCUGGGAAAAUGUAAAGGGACACUACAGGCACCCAGACCACUUCAUCUUUGUAGUCUGGGUGCAGUGUCCCUGUCCCCUUAACCCUGCUAUGUAAAACAUUGCAUGGUUACAUUAAAGGGUUUAAGACUGGCUUUUCACGCCGUUUAACUCUCUGAAAUAACGCUGGACAUCCUCACACUUUGCAUGAGGACGUCCAGUGUGUUGCAACCCUCCCCCUCAAGGAAUAUAUGCGUAUUGGAUUCCCGCUCAUGCUGAUGAUUGAGCUAGCGCUCAGGGACCUUUGCGCUGGACUAAGGUGAGUGUUUAAUGGAUUGUUUAACCCUCUCAUUGUCACAGCUUUGUAUUCCCAACACUAUUGUGUUAAGUCUGCAUUUUCUAUAAAUGCAUAGUUUUUUUUUAAUAUUUCAUAUUGCUUCUGUUAUUAAAACUCACCUUGGAAGCAAGAUGUGCAGAUUGAUUUCUAUAAGGGGCUGUUUACAAUAAGCAUGUCUGGUCUGCUCUGCUCAUAAAGUGGGUGGGAAUGCCUGACAAGGUAUGUGCUAGCUACAACAGGCUGGUGGGUACUCGGGUCAGCCAGUGCACGUAGUGCUCGUAAAUUGAUCUGGGAUUAGCAAGUUUGAAGAAGUUAAGGAAACUGCAGAAUUAAAAGUGUAACAUUCAGUAGAGAAGGAUCAUGUUAGAGGCUGGCUUUAGCUGGCCAGGGAGGGGAGAUAUGGCAUUCCCUGGUGGUCCGGUGGCAUGGACUGUGCAGUGGGGGCCAACAGCAAGCGCUAACUUACCUUCCCAGCAGCUCCCCUGUGUAAAUCUCGCGGCCUGCGUGUACGGUACUCGCAAGAUUUGCAUUGGGAGCUGCUGGCAAGGUAAGUAAGCUCUUGCUGUGGGCCCCCUUAUGACUGCCGGGCUUGUAAUGGGCCUGGCAGUUUUGGUAUAUAUUGGCAAUAUCAGUAUCUCUGUUGGCUGAUAUUGCCAAAAAUACUGAAUAUCGGCCAGACCGAUAAUCGGUUGAUCCCUAAUUAUAAUGGCAUUUUAAGAGUGCUUGAAACUCGUAAAGCCCUUUGGCUUGCUGAAAUGCUGAGUAAAGAGUAUAGUGUGGCAGGAGCUCUGGGCAUAUGCCUAUCUCAAGUGGCAGGCAGUUGCUUAGAGCUCUUGUCUUGCAAAUACUUAUUGAGCUGCAUUGUGAAGUCUCAUUGUACAGCCAAAAAGUCUGGGCUGGGUUAGAAGGGGUAUAGCGCUGCGGAAUUUGUUGGUGUUUUAUAAAUAAGGGGAAGGUUCACAAAGACUGCAUAAGAGAUCUGCAGCUUUUGUAAGUGGUUUCUACAUUUAUCCACAAUGAAAAAUGGAUAAUUAAAGGACCACUAUAGGCACCCAGACCACAUCAGCUCAAUUAAGUAGUCUGAGUGCUAGGUCCCCUGUAGUUCUACCCCUGCAUCUGUAAAUUUAGCUGUAAGCAUUUGGUGCUGACAUUGGCAGAGGAAGGAGAGGUCACCAGUACCGAAGCACGGCACUGGAUUAAGGUAAGUGGCUAAAGGGGUUUUAAUCACUUCAGCCCAGCGGGAGGGGGGCCUAAUAACCCUAUAGUGCCAGGAAAGCAAGUGUUUUCCUGACACUACAGUGCUCCUUUUAAUGCAUGUUUUUAUUGGGGGAGUGCUUACUAAAAAAAAAAAAAAUUCCCACUCUCUCAUUACUACUAUACUAAGUCUAACCUAAUCCAUUUUGAUUGAAAAAUGUCCUGCCUGGGGUGUACAUUGGAUAGCAUGUUGAAUUCUAGGAAAGCUUUAUAUUUUAGGUGUGUAGGCACAUCCAAGUUUAGCAAUUUGAUCAGCAAGGAUUUGCCAGAAAACUUUACCUAGGAUUGUAGAUGUCUGUCUACCCACAGGUCCCAUGCCUGUCUUUUGCAAGAUUGCACCUUAAGCUUAAAUUAAUAAAUGUUCCAUAUCUCCAGACUUUAGUGCAAGAGCAACAUCUAAAAGUGUUCCUUUGGAUAAGCCCUAUUAUCUUGUUCUUGGAAUGUAAAUUCUUUCUAGCAUUGCUCUCUAUCAAUCCACAUUACUUGUGGAUUUAUAUCACCACUGUAUAUUUGUUGAGCACUGCAGGGUAUGUUGGUGCUGAUGGUCACACUAGAGUAAUUUAUUUGUGGAAUUUGGUAUUUCAUUUACAGUUUGUGUUCUAGUCUCGUCUUAUCCUGUGACCAAAGAUCUGACUACUUUGUACAUCUUCUGCGUAUUACCUUGACCUGCAAGAACUCUUCUCACCAUGGACACUGGUGUUAUUGAAGGAGGAUUAAAUGUUACGUUGACAAUCAGGCUGCUCAUGCAUGGCAAGGUAAGUGCUCAAUCCAAGUGGCCAAUGGAACACUCUAAAGCAGGGGUCUCAACCCAGUCAUCGGGACCCCCUACCAGUCCAGGAUUUGGGGAUUACCUGGGUGUGUCUAAGGUGUUUAGAAAAAGGGGGGGGAAAAACACCUUAGACUCUAAGGGUUUUUUUAUAUAUAUAUAAACACCUUAGACACACCCAGGUAAUCCCUAAACCCUGGACAGGUAGGGGGUCCUGAGGACUAACGCUGAGAACCCCUGCUUUAAAGGCAAGCUGCUUUAUGUUUAAGGAACCUUGAGGCAGCGUGCAACUUGCUUAUUUUGCUGCAGCAGUAAUUUAGCUUUGUCUUUGGCAAAUGAGUGGGACAUUGUGUUUGAAUAGACUGCAUAUACAACAAUUUCUUUCAAAGACUAAAGGAAUUGUUCUGCGGCAUAGAGCCUGUCCUUUAAUGAAAAGGCAGUGUUGGUACCUCUUCUAGUGACUCCCUCUCCUUGCUACUAGAGGGAUUAAAGUAUUCAGUCCUUUAAAAUAGGGAUUGACCGAUUAUCAGCCUGGUUGAUAUUCUGUAUUUUCAACAAGAUGGUAUCUGCCUAUAGAGAUACCAAUAUUGCUGAUAAUACGUACCAGGACCGCUGGGCCCGCAGCAAGCACUUACUUACCUUCCCAGCAGCCCCCCUAUCUAAAUCUUGAGUCCCACAGCCGUCAGAGCGUUGCCAUGGGUUACGCAGGCCGCGAGAAUUAGACAUGGGAGCUGUCGGCCUGAAAGUUCAGAUAAUCGGUAUUGGCUCUAAAAAUCAAUAUCGGUUGAUCCCUACUUUAAAGAUUGCAGGACUGAAGUUUACUGAAUGUUCACCAUAGAGAUGCUGAAAUGUUUUGUAUGAAGAGUGCCUCCAGAACACCUGCAUUGCAAAGACUUCUCAUUGAGCUGCAUUGGGAAGUCUGUGAUUGGACAGUCAUGAAGUUUGGCUUCUGGUGAGAUCUGCAGCUUUUGCAAGCUGUUUUUAGAGGAUACUCCCAAUGGAAUAAUGCUCUUUUUUUCUUUUUUUUCUUUUUCUUGGAGUAUAUCUUCUAAUGAUAGGUAUUUUAAAAUGUAGGAAAAAAAAAAAAUUCUCUCCAGCUUCUUCACCUAAAGACCAAAUGCAGCUAGGUGGCACAAGUAAAUUGUCAACUAUCUAAAAUGGUUUGACUACUUAUGGUUCGAAGGCACUCCUAGUGCGAUAACCAGUAUAGUGGGCUGUAAUUCUUUGCAUAUCUAGGACAUCUUUCUGCAUCAUUUCAAAAUUAAUAGAUCAGAUUAAUGGAAUCUAGUUAGAAACUGUUGAAAUAGAUUAAUGUAGUUUUGUGCAUGGCAACUAAAUGCAAUUUCUUUGGGUUUUUUUUUUUUUUUUAUAAAGGUAAAAUAUAUAUAUAUAUAUAUUUUUUUUAAUCUUCAUCUUUGUAGGAGGUUGGAAGUAUAAUUGGAAAGAAAGGAGAAUCUGUGAAAAAGAUGCGUGAGGAGGUAGGUUUAACCCUUCUAGUCAAUGUGAUAAGGCAAUACUGCUUUUGUGUUUUCCACCUCUUCCAGUGUUGCCUAAAUGUUAAAGAAACAAGUGUCUGUUCUCCUAGAUCUAUUUUCUUUUCAGAGUGGGGCCCGGAUAAACAUCUCGGAAGGUAAUUGCCCUGAACGAAUUAUCACUCUUGCGGGACCUACAAACGCCAUCUUUAAAGCAUUCUCUAUGAUCAUUGAAAAACUGGAAGAAGUGAGUUUUCCUUUGUGUGUAUGUAUAUAUGUGUUGUCAGUCAGACUUGUAACAUUUACUUGAUAAGCCAUUUACUUCUGUUUCUUUUCCAUUUUGUAGGAUAUUAGCAGCUCUAUGACAAAUAGUACUGCAUCCAGCAAACCACCUGUGACGCUGCGUCUUGUGGUUCCUGCUAGUCAGUGUGGCUCCCUAAUUGGGAAAGGCGGUUGUAAAAUUAAAGAGAUUAGAGAGGUAUGGGUUUGGUUUUUUUUUUUUUUUUUUAUGACCAUGGUUUUUAAUUCUGAUCUUGCCUCUUAAUAGAGUGCCUGUGGAUUUUAAACUUUUGUGAAGUCUCUUGAACUGAAAUGCUGGAUUGACUGUUUCAUUUGUUCUUCCCUUGCCAUCAGAGCACAGGGGCUCAGGUCCAAGUGGCUGGAGAUAUGCUUCCCAACUCAACAGAGCGUGCAAUCACCAUAGCUGGCAUUCCUCAGUCCAUCAUUGAAUGUGUCAAGCAGAUAUGCGUUGUCAUGCUGGAGGUGAGACUUGAUAGUACAGGUUUGAGGUUCCUAAUUUUCUGAACAAAGUAACUGAUAAAAGAUUCUGAGCCUUUACAUUACUGGAAAGUAAGUGACUUGUUCAUAUGUGUAAUACAUAUAUUUUUUUUAAAUUUAUAGACUUUUUGUUUUUAUUGACCAAUAGUACAGUAUGUAUAUCUGUAUGCAAAAAUAAAACCACAAUCUCCACACCAUUAAAUGUGUAUAGUUAAAGUAUAAUUUGGUAAAAAUUACAAAUGUGAGGCAUGUAAAUGGGAAGAAACCACAGCUCAACAACAUGGAUCAGAGUUCAGUGUCCAACAGCAGUACUGGACAGUUUGUAGCAUGAGGCAGGCUGCCUGAAAAAUCUUUUCCAAAAACUCCACGAAUGAGGAAGGACUGGGCAAAGAUUGUGAUUGUGUAACAUAGAUGUCAAUAAGAGACUUGGAGCAGUGUAAGGUUGUGUAAAGCACCAAAUGGCACAGGGCACGGAGGGGAAAAGGAGCCAGGAAUGCGGAUAUACGGACAUUGAGAGAAGCUCAGGUGAUGCUUUAUCAUGUCCCAGAAAGGAUACCCCGUGCAUACCUGAAAGGAAUCUGUGCUCUCUAACACAGAUUUCCGCCUUCCCCAGAGGUUGCUGACCUUUCAGAAAGCCAACUUAUCCAGUGGAACCGUGUAUUAAAGGGACUGUCUGUGGCCCCAAAAAUGAGCUACUCAUUAGAGCGGUGACUUAUGUUUAAACGUCCUUUUAUUACAAACUGUUUUAUGUUCAUAACUUCUCCUCUAAGAGCUUGCAGGAGCCUCUGGUGUUUUUUUUUUUUUUGUUUUGUUUUCUGCUAACAGCAUAAACAUACUGUGCUCUAUUAUACACUAUGAACUUAAACACCCCCAUUCCCAAUGAUAUUUAACUCCUAAAUAAAAGCUUGCUCAGUGAGACUGCAGGAAGGUAAUAUAGAAGCACCAAAAGAAAUUUUACUAUUGAACUGAAGACUUUCCUGUGCCCUACCUACUUUAUACUGCAUAGCAUCCCAUGAAUGGAAGCCUAGACUUGGAUGAACAGGAACAAAUCUGACACUUUCAGAAAUGUCCCCCAAUCUGAUCUAUGCCUACAUCAUACGUUCUGCUGUUUUCUGAAUAGACGUCUGAGAGAAUUAAUGGAAAGCCCAGACUGAUGAGAAAUUCUUACUAGAUGCUUUAUUUCCUGGUACAGUCAGCUUGGCAGGCUGUGAUUGUUUCUUGCUGUCAGGAUCACCUUCUUGGGCCAUACAGCACUUGCUAAUGUCUGUAUCAGGCAUAGAAAGUUGAUUGUAAGCAUUGACAAAUAACCCAAUGGAAGGCUACUGAGUAAUCCAGGAACCAUUGGACCUAUAGGCUGAGAUCCCACAGUGACCUAACAUGCAAUGUUGCCUGUCUGCCAAAUGAUUAGUUUAUGCCUGCUAGUAGUGCAGUCUACUGUGUGGCUCAUUUUAAGCUAAAAUACUUGGCACUUAAAAUUGAAGUCAUUGUAAAUGGUGGUCACUCAUUUCUCUGGUAGGCAGAAAAAUUGGGAUUAUAGUGGUUCCCUCAUCUGUUUAAUAAUGUAGCGUGGUUUUUUGUACAAGGAUUUAUUUUAAUGUCUAUUGAAUGUGGCUUGUUUAUAACUGUAUCAAACUAGUAGCACACACUACUGCCUUGUUUAAUUUUUUUAUUUUUUUCCUUAACUUCCUUACAUUGACUAGUCUCCUCCAAAAGGAGUUACCAUCCCAUAUCGACCUAAGCCUUCCAGCUCUCCAGUUAUUUUCGCAGGUGGUCAGGUAAGAAUACUGAGAUCUGCACUGAGAUUUUGCUGCAUGUUUUAUCUCCGCCUUAAUAUCAGCAGUUUGCGUGGCUUGUACGGGAUCUGUGACAAAGCCUUUCUCUAGUAUUCAAAUAUCAAUCGUGUUCUGAAAAGGAGUAAUCUGUAAAUUUUUAAACUCUGUCAGGUGGAAUUCAAUGACCAUUAUAUUGUAUCAUUUGAUUUAUUGACAAUACAAGCUCACAAUUUUGCAUAUUGAUGUAACGUAUUAAGCAAUCCUGUCUUAAAGCUGUGAACGUUUACACCAUAUUGAAUACAGAAACCAGAUGACAUGAUUUUUGAAAGCUUGGGUGCACAUUUGUUUUAAAAUGACCCCCUCCAAACCCCCCAAGACAUUAAAAAAAGUGUGUGCACUAUCAAAACCCUUCUGAGGAAGCAUAGCUGCUUGGCUUUCCACUGGAUGCAUGUGUAAAUAUUAUACACAUAAAUGUAAUUUUUGUUAAAUUUUAUUUUACACCCUUUUUAGUCACUUUCUACAAUUGUUUCUUAAUUCUAGCAGUGAUGCAUCUUUUUGAACAAAGUGUAAGUGUCUCUGAUGGAAGUGCCUGCCUUAAAGUCUUCUUUUUAUUUUACCAUGGGUUACAAUCAUGGAUCCAAAAUGAGUUAACUUGGCGCUCAAUGAGCCCACCACAACUGAAUGGGAAAUAGGAGUUAAAUACUUGACUAAAGCAGGAAAUGUAACUGGCUGAAUACAUCUACUCUGGAUUAAAACCAGUCUUCAAUACAGUUUUGUUCUGGAACUGUAGUGAGUCCACCCUUUAUGAGCUUGCUGUGAGACUUGUUUUGUGAUGCUGUAAUUCCAUGGAACAAAUGACUGUCCUGAAUGUCUGGUUUUAUUUGUAGGAAUUUUUUUUUAAAUUGAAUCUUUCAUUUUACAAUGAUUUCCACAUGACCCUAUUGGCAAGCAAUGUACAACAGUUUCUGAGAUCUAAAACUGAAACUCCCGUGUAAAAUUGUACCUUCUGUUUUUGUAGGAGUGUUUAACUUGAGCCAUAAAUCACGUGCAACUGCAACGAUAUGGAGUAAAUAUAGUGCCUUAAUCUCAUAGUACACCUCCUGGCACUGGAACUGCUCCAUCCCAUAAAACCAAAAGUGCGUGUGCGCACACACCAGAAAGGUUGUAGUUUAACCAAGUGCAAUUAGUCUUUGUCAAAAGAUGAUCACUGUUCCAAACCGAAAGUAACACAACCUAUUGAUCUCUCAGGGUAAAGGAAAAAAAUGCAUAGUGAAAUAUUUUUUUUUUUUUAGAUGGAGGUGUGUGUGUGUGUGUAUAUAUGUGGCACUAUACCUUGCACUCAAACUCCAAAUUUCCAGACCGGGUGCACUCCCAGGGCUCCAAAUAUCCAAGUAGUAGUGUCAAAGGUUGCACUCACAGAUUCAUUAAAAAAAAUUAACUUUUAUUGAACUUUCCUAAAAAAUCGACGUUUCUGUCCUACUCAAGGACUUUCAUCAGGAUUAUGUAAACAGCAUAUAACAAUUAGACUAUAUAAGAUACAAUAAAUUACAGACUCGCCACAGGUGCUCCGUGCUAAGACCGGUGUCUAGACCGGAAGUGUGCGCAUGUGCGGGAAAACUCCGCCCCCCAGCGUGACGUCAUGCGUAAAAUGCCAUCGUUACUACGGUAACGUGGCUAAAUGUAAACAAUGAAAUAUUGCGAUCUUAAAUAUAUGCUAGGCAAACAUACCAAAACAGUGAUCCAUAUGUAGUGAUCUUACCAUAAGUGACAAUAGUUAAGGACACCAGAAACUGGCAUAGGACAAGUUUAAAUGUGGACUAUAUAUAAUAAAGUGCUAAUGGGUCUUAAAAAGUGCUAGUGCAGAAUCAAGUCUUCACUUAAAGUGCUAUAAACGUGCAGAAAAUAAAGUGCCACAGUGCUAAUGUGAAUAUAUUGUGACCCAGUACAAAUUAUAUAAAUAUUCAAGUAAUCCCAAUGACUAGAUACAUAUAAUAAACUAAUCAACCAGAAAAUUAUUCAAAACUUUUUUCUUUUGCUCCUGUCACUCAAAAAAUGUAUACCUUCAAAAAAUUAAUUAGUAUCACUAUUGUAUCCUGCAUCAGGGCAUAUAGAUCAAAUUUCUAAAGAUAACUGCUGAUGCUUGCUUACACUAAGCUUGUAUACAAUAUAUUAUCUAAUUAGAGGACGGCAGCAAAAUCAUCAUAAAAAAAUGCAUAUAGGAAAACUUAAAAUAAAAAACAUAAAUAUAAAAUCACACAUUAAAAAAACAUUAAGGGGCAUUCAGGCCAAAGUAAUCACAAAAAGGAAUGUAAAGACAAAGCUUCAUUUAAUCCUUUUGGAGACAGUGUCCAGCUCAUGUAUCCAAUAAGCUUCUUUGAGCAGCAUUUUCCCCCUAGCACUUCCUCUUCUAGGGACAGGGAUAUGGUCAAUGGCCAUAAACAUCAGUGUAGCCAAUGGUUGCUUUAAUUCAAAAAAGUGUUUCGCAACCGGUUUAUCUGAGCAACCAUCUCUAUAUGCCAAUCUAAUGGAGGAUCUGUGUCCCCUAAUCCGUUCGCAGAUAGCCGUCUCCGUCUUCCCAAUAUAACAAGCCACAGGCACAAGAUAGUUUAUAUACCACAUGUGAUGGUAUAUCGAAUAGUAUAUCUUCUAUUAUGAGGAUGACAAAGUUCUUGCAGGUGUAAAUGGCUGCAAGUCACACAGCCAAGACACUACAUAUGGAUCACUGUUUUGGUAUGUUUGCCUAGCAUAUAUUUAAGAUCGCAAUAUUUCAUUGUUUACAUUUAGCCGCAUUACCGUAGUAACGAUGGCAUUUUAUGCAUGACGUCACGCUGGGGGGGCGGAGUUUUCCCGCACAUGCGUGAACUUAGACUCACCACAGGUGCUCCAUGCUAUCUGUCAUUUAUUGUAUCUUAUAUAUUGUCUAAUUGUUUGUUAUAUGCUGUUUACAUAAUCCUGAUGAAAGUCCUUGAGUAGGACUGAAACGUCGUGGUUUUUUUUCUUUUUUAGGAAAGUUCAAUAAGUUAUUUUUUUUUUUUUAAGGAAUCCGUGAGUGCAACCUUUAAGUUCCUUAAGAUGAAGUGACCUGAAUCCCAUUUUCGCUUUAGAUUAUAGUGUGUGUGUGUGUGUGUAUAUAUGUGUGUGUAUAUAUAUGUAUAUAUAUGUAUGUAUAUGUGUGUAUAUAUAUAUGUGUGUGUAUAUAUACAUAUAUACAUAUGUAUGUAUGUGUAUGUGUAUGUAUAUAUAUAUAUAUAUAUACACACUAUAAUCUUGGUGUUCUAGUCAAAGUUUGCUUCAAUGUAGUCUCAGUUCUUAAAUAGGAUACCUGUAGCAAGUACAGAUAACUUUGCAGACCAAGGAUUCCUCCUUUGGACCCUAAUGUGUUAUGGGCACUGGUGAAACUUUUUUAUUUUUUUUUUAUUUUUUUUUGGCUUCAUUGUCUUUUCCUGGCAGGGUCCAAAUGAAGGAUACUUUAGUUUGCAGAAAACAAAUGCCUAUGUAUUCUUCAGGUAUCUUGUCUUAGGAAUUGACCAACAGAAUACCAGAGACAGAAUUUUCUGGCUUUUAUUUUUAAUAGCUCAGAUGCCUGAAUGCUGUGAUUGUGUAAUCUGACUUAGGUUUUUUAUUUUUGUAUUCUAUAGAAUAUGAAAUUCUCAUAUUUAAUUUUGCCAUUCAAUUCCCAGAAAUACCCAUUUGAUUCACUUCUGUUUUGUUACAUUUUGUCACUUUUUAAAAAAAUUUUUUUGAAAGGAUUCCUCCAUUCCCACCCCCUUUUCUGGUAUAUCAAUGUUAACUUUUUAAAACGUUUGUAGCAACGUUUAGAUUUUAAGCCAUAAUUAUCUUGGAAAGAGUCUGAGUCUAUGCAGUGAAGCCUCAUUAAUGUAAACUAAUAACUUUCUUUAUUUUUACAGAACGCACUAAGCUAUACAUUUAUGGCAUUGCUUGUAUGGGUUUCUUGUAGAUUUAUUUUUUUAAUACACUUUCAGUGCCUUCCAGAUUAUGCUUGAAAUUAAGUUAUAAUCCUGAAUUGGCCUAAGGUUUAAUUGAGCAAAGCAUGGGCCCCCCAUAUAGAAACAAGGGAAAGUUUUGGUGAAGGAAGAGCUUUGGCCAGUGGUCUCAUUUUGGAUCUGUGACUACUCUCCUUUCCCAUGGUUUGAAACUCUGGUGUCUGUCCUUUAACAAUAUAGUUGUGUAGGUUAAAGUUCCCAUGAUGCUUUGUCAGCCUUCUAUGUGACGGAGCAUCAUGACCUACAGCUGUUCUAGUGUCGGACAUCAGAGUAUGUGAAGGUGGGGUUACAUUUUAACCAAUGAGGACUGAGGCUUUUACUUUUAUCAGAGAUGACUGAAUCCCAUUUUCGCUUUGUUCAACAGGUUUCACGCCAGCCCGGAGGGCACGCAUGUGAGACUGACCUGUGGGAGGGGCGAAGGUCCCACACAGGGGGGGUCUCCCUAGAUGCUGUGGAUCUCCAUGGGGUAGGUCCUGAUGUAUUUAUCUUGCUGUUUGACCCUUAUGUAUUAAGUUUUAUGGGUGUUAAAGUAUUUACAUUCUUGUUUUUGAUUAGUGGGUGGCUUCCACCUGACAGUUUAUGUAGUGCGAACUAUAUGCUAUUAAGGUAUUUGUCACAGAUCAUAUGCAAUGUAACAAGCUUCAAGUAAGAUUAUUUGCUUAAUGCUUUUUGUUCAGAUGGUUCCUAGUUAUUACAAAUAUAUAUCAAUUGGCCAAAUAAUUCAAAUGACCACUUUUACCAAGCACUAAUACACUGGUAACACUUUUAGAGAUUUUCUUUUCCUUAAUGGGACACUAAAGCAUUAUGAAAAAUGAGCCCUUUUUGGCACUGCAUUUACCUCUUAAAUACAAAUGUGUAUUCCUGAUGCCUUAGUACCCUCGUGGCUAUUUAGGUGACUGAUCCCCACCUGCAGGGCGGGAAUAAAAGUACUUUUUAAAAUCACAUUGAUCUCAGACAAUCCAAUGCUGUGCCAUAGGAAGACAUUGGAAUACUAGAGUGCAACAUUGUGGUCUCUGAGACCAUCUGAUUUAAAUACUUUCUUUCCUCAAAUGCUUCUAGUGGCUUUCUAUGAAACCGCCAGUAGUGGCACUUAACACUGUAUCUGAAAACCUUACUUUUUCAUUUUUACUGUGCAGUGUUUAAGGAUGGGAGGCAUAGCACUCAGACAAGUUCCUUAAGAUGAAGUGACCCAAGUACCUAUAGUAUUUAAUUGGUGUCCUUUUAUACCAUCCUUUCAAUCUGUUCCCAAAAGAAUCGUUUUUGAAGUGUUUAACAUCCGCAGUUUAUAGCCCUGUGUGUAAUAUGAGUAAGACGUUAACAUUAUCCAUGAUGUAGUGGAAUUUUAAUGUUUGUUUUUAGGGGGUAAAUUGCACUAUUGACAGUUAUUUGUCUCGUGGUCUAUUUGGUUUUCUGUGUCAUGGUGUGCAUAACAUUGCAUAAUGUAAAAGCCAUAAUACUAUUCCUAUAUCUAUAUAAUCUAGCUAAAUCUGACCGCUGGGGAAGUGCUAUCUAAAGUGUGUUCUUGCUGUCAGACCUCUGCUAAUAAUUGACUGGCCUUGAAGGACACUGCUAUAUGCAGUUGUCCUGACUUCCUGCACAGCAACUAUAGUGCAUACAUUAUCUAUACAAGUGCUGGCUACAUAAGUGUAGAAGCGGAAUGGCUGUCAUACAAAAGCCAACCCACUGUUGAGCCUUAUUGGUAAAGUGUUUUCAAGCAGGACCCAUCAAUUAGAAUUCCAUUGUUGCCAGAAGUGGAUGUUACAAUGAUGUAGCACACGUGGCGCUGUGGACAUGCAACAGUGCUUUGUAAUGUAUUAACCGUAUCGCUUGAAUAUAUCUUGCCCAUAGGGGGAGGCCAAUUAAAGUGAACUUGCAUGCCUGUAUUUAAUAAUCAUUUUCUCUGUUAGCUUGUGGAAAUCAUAAUGCUACUGAAAAGCAUAAAGAGAAAAAUCAAAUAAAUAAAAAAAAUUAUCCUAAUUAAAAAUGGGAUUAUCUCCUAAAUACUGCUCAAACUGUCAGUUUCCCAAAAAAGCACUAUAUGUAGAAAGCUGAAAAGCGCAGUAAAAACCAGGAGCUCAUACACCUAGUAGUGCACUCAAGUAAAAACUGAAAAGUAAUCUUAAAAGAGAAAUUGGCUCGGAAGAGUUAAAUUGGUACAUAAAUCCGUAACACAACGAAAAUAGAAAUAAAAGGAGUACAUUUUAAACUUUGUGUGCGUGUGGUGGUUUAUUGUUCUUACUGCACAAAUCUUCAAGAGAUCUGAAUUUUGCACAAAUCACUGUUCCUCCAUGGUUGAAAAGCUUUUUGUUUUGUUUUUUUCUGCUUGACGCUGUCUGGAUGUUUAGCAGUAUCUAUGCUUGGCUGUCACUCAAACACAGCUAGCUGGCUGCCACUUAGUUUUAAUAGUACUCCCUUUCCUCCUUUUUUAUAGGCCUACACCAUUCAAGGACAGUAUGCCAUUCCUCAGCCUGAUGUAAGUUUGCACUUUGAUGUCUGGUGAAAGUGAGCACUGCCCACAUUAACUUCUCAUGUCCUUGCCUGUUUCAACCUUUAACCACCACAUCUUUUCUGUCUAGCUGUCUUUAGCUUUGGCCACAGCAAUUUUUAAUGAGACUUGUCAGAUGUGAGCAUGAUACAUAUGUUAGUAUAAUUAUCAAGUUGUGGUGGUUUUUUUUUCUUUUUCUUAAAACAAUCCUUUAGAAUGUCAUCCUAUUAUUGAUCUACUUCGCCUAAACUUUUUAUUUUACAUUGCACUGUUUACCAUAUCUGAUUUUUACUUAAAUUUUAUUCUGCAGCUGACCAAGUUGCACCAGCUGGCAAUGCAACAGUCUCACUUUCCUAUGUCUCACAGUGGCAAUACCGGAUUCAGUGGUAAGGUGUAUUUUUAGUUUGUUGUCCUGCUUAGUUGUAGUUUAUGUUCCAAAGACUACAAUUGCCGAUUUCAGUUUUUUUUUUUUUGUUUUUUUUCUUUCUCUUUCUCUCUCUCUCUCUCGCACGCACACGCACACACACACGAACCUAAUAAGGGAGUUCUAAAAUAUCUUGUGUAGAAAAUGAAUUUUCUCUCUGUUAAAGGUCAUUUAGAUCUCCUGUAGCAGGGUUUGGCAACCUUUGGCACGUGUCAUCCAGACUUAAAAGAGCACUAUAUGGUUAGGAAUACAAACUUGUAUUCCUGACCCCUAUAGUGUUAAAAUCACAAUUUAGGUGGCUUGCCCCUCUUAAAAGGUAAGCUUGCCUUAUUCCCAGCUUGGGUCUGCUGGCCCUACCUCUGAUCCACCUCCUUGGCUUACAUAAUCAGAAUUGAUGAUCUCAUCCGAUCGACUGAGAUCGUCAAGGGGGCCAAGCCAAAUGCAAGCUUUGAAUCAAUGCAUCUCUAUGGGGAAAGUUCAGUGAACGUAUGCAGCACGGCCACAGGAAAUUCCUCCAGUGGCCAUCUGAGGUUUGACCACUGAAGGUGUCCUAGGGAGAAAUGUAAACACAGCAUUUUCUCUAAAAAGGCAUUGUUUACAGCUAAAAAGCUGCAGGUGCUCACUAUACUCACCAACUUUAGUGAGUAUAAGCUGUAGUUGUUCUGGUAAUUGGACAGAUUUAGAGAUUCCUUAUCGCAGAUCAAUUGUACCACUCAUGAUCUAUGGCAACAUCAAAUAACCUCUGUGUGGUUUUUAUAUAUGUGUAUAUUUGCCCUUCCUGUCAUACAGCAUACUAUGAGCAUGAAAGGGUACAUGGAGGUGCUGCAUAUGUAAUUAGGUUGCUUGCUAAUAGAUCUCUCAGGAUGGUGUACAUAACUGCCAUUUAAUGGCUCCCCUAACCCCCACCCCUUGUAUGAGAUUUGGCUGACAGGUAUUAAGUAUUUAUUUUUGUUCUGUGAUAUGCAGUAAUCUAAGCAUGUUAUUUUACAGGAGGCAUUGAUGCAUCGGCUCAAACCACGUCUCACGAACUCACCAUUCCAAAUGACGUACGUAUGUUUUUUUUUUUGUUUUUGUUUUUGUUUUUUUGUUUUUUUUCAUUUCAUUCUCCCGUCUUGUUACAAAGGCUCUUAUCCCUCCUUACUACUUUAUUCACUUUAAAAGUUUAACCUUGAGGUAUAUUGGGUUGGAAAAAGUGGGAAGUAAACUGCUUACACAAGUUUCAUAAGCCACUUGGCUAAAAAAACUUCAUGAAAUCCAAAGUUGAACUGAGAACUUGUAUAUAACAGUUUAGUGUGUUGGUUAAAAUUAGACAUGUGUAGUUCGGUCUGAAUGGAAAUUCAGACUAAUUUCGGACGCGCCGAACUCUAUCUCAAUCCAACUAUCCUCUUAUGGGUUGGCAACAUAUGUCUGAUCUGUUGCAGAUCUCAUUGGCAGUUAUGCUAGCUAAAUUUGACUCUGUAAUAGAGUACACAUUCUGUGAUCAAACUUGUCUGUCUAAGCAACCCCGCAAGUGACCUACAAAACAAAUAUAGUGAAUGAAAGUGUAGUUCGCAGCCUGUGGCUUACAAUUUCCAAAAUGAGUGUGCUUUACAUAGUGGCUCUAAUGUCCUCUUACCUUUCCUGCUGGUUUCCUUGAUCUUUACCGAAGACAGUUUGACUUCGUAGAUGUCUACCGAUGACAUUCCUUUUAUUUAAUUUUUUUUGAUGCAAGUUCUCUAGAGAGGACAGACAAGAUGGCUGGGCAGUUCAGUCGUAUAGUAAUUUUUGUUUUCCACAGAUGAGGCCACCCCCCUAUGCAUGACAUAUAGUAUAUUGCUAUACAAAUAGUCAUCAUUCUUUAUACAAUUUAGUUAGUGUAAGCACUGCAAAUCAUGCAAAUUUGAGAAGGAAAUUUCAGCUGAUAAAACACCAUGAAACACAAGCUCUACUAUAAUCUCUAUACUAAUGUGUAGUUUUUAUUUUCUUAAUUUUUUUUUAACUUAGUUGAUCGGUUGUAUCAUUGGACGUCAAGGAGCUAAAAUAAACGAGAUUCGUCAGAUGUCUGGGGCACAGAUUAAAAUUGCUAAUCCUGUGGAAGGUUCCACUGAUCGACAAGUGACUAUCACUGGAUCUACAGCCAGCAUCAGCUUGGCCCAAUACCUUAUCAAUGUCAGGUAAGUUCCCUACAUUGCGUGGGGAAACUAAGGCUUGUUUUCUUAGUUGUCAUGGUGGUAUGCUUUUCUUUAACUCCUUAAGGACCAAACUUUUGAAAUAAAAGGGAAUCAUGACAUGUCACACGUCAUGUGUCAUUAAGGGGUUAAAGCCUCUUUUGAGCAGACCUUGUUCUAAUCUUAUUGUUCAAUAGAAACUUAAAAUUUAGGCUUGUUUUGUUUUUUAAAUAAAAGAGGAAGUCAUACAUAGAACAUUUAUGCCUGAAGGGAUUGUUACCUAGAACGGCGUGAUUUCCUUUAGUAACAUUAUUUUACCAUAUUUCCCAGGCCAUGUACCAAGUAUUGAUAGGCAGGAAACAGGUGGAAUUAAUGGGAUUCACCAAGAAAACGAAUUAAUGAAAUAACCAAAAUUCUAGUGUUCCUAUCUACCAUCACACCUCAUGAUAUAUUUCAUCAAUAAAAUACUUGUAUAUUGAUGAUUUUAUACUGUAACACUAACCUUUGUGCUUUUGCUAGUCUGACAAAGAUUGGCAUAUCUGCCUACCUCAUUUUUAGAGGUGACUGAUAUCUCCAUAGGCUUUAUAGCAACCGCUCCCCAGAAGCCUGCACAUGGUUUUUAUUGUAUUAAAUUUCCUGUUUCUCAAAUAUCUGAGCUGUAAUCCUAAAAAAUAUAACUGCAUAGUUGUUCUAUAAAUUGACUACCAUAAGCCACACUACUUGAAGAAAAAAAAACUCUAAAAUAAAAAUGCUGCUUCUAGUAAAAAUAUGCCUCUGGCUGCUUUGCAUUAAUUUGUGAAUGUUUUCCAUUUAGAACUUAAUUCUCAAAUGAGAUGCUACUGUGCUCCAUUGUGCACAAGUACUCAAUUCAGUCCUGCUUACAUUUAUCGGACAAACACAGUAGUUCAGUACUCCAUGCUCCCUCAAGGCCUGGCAGUGGAUUUUGGAUGCAUGAACUUUGUUUUUAAAAUAAGUUUUCCCCUCCCUGCCCACAACCACACUGCAUCUACCUUUUUUUUUUUUAAAAGUCUGAUGUUUAAAAUUGGCAUUAUAGUAACUGAACUGGCAUGGCUAAGAUCCCAUCCAGUUGAGUUUUAUUCUAAACCCAAUUUUUGUAGUGAACACUUUUGUAGGCGGCCCCGUCUAUUUUUAUCACAUGGCUUCCCAUAGGGUCACAGCAUUAAGAGCUGUGCUUGAGUUUCUAUGGGGAAUACACUCAUAAUCUGCUAAACUAUUUAAAGCAUGCAACCCAGAUCUUCAUUAAAGGAACACUUGCAUUAUGAAUACAAACCUGUAUUCCCAAUACUAUAAUCUCUAACAGUACUAAUGUUCCCUUUCCCUGUGAGAGCUCAAAGGGUAUAAAUCUUGCUUGCCUUUUUUAGCCCUUUCUGUGCCAGUCUCUGUCCUACUGGCUGGCGUCCUUGACGUUCAUGGGUGACCAGUGCGCAUGUUCUGCAAAACACCACACUGCACCAACCUGAUGGUUUCUGAGACCAUCCCUAUAGUGUUAAACUAGCCCCCUUUAUAUAAAUAAAAAAGGCACCUUAUUUCUAGCACCACGCAGGUCUGCUGGCAUUGGCUCUUCCUCCUUGGCGAAGAAGGUGGGCAUAACUAAACGCAGCCCUGGCCAAUCUGCAUCUUCUGAGCUAAAUUGAAUCAAUGCAUUUCUAUGGAGAAAGUUCAGAACUGAACCAGGUAGCACCUCUAGUGGCUCUGAAGAGUGGCCACAAGAGAUGUUACUAGGCAGCAUUAAAAAGCCUAGAGGGACAGACUAGUCACCAGAACUACAGCUUAAUGUAGUUCUGUAGAGUACAUAGUUUCCCUUUAACAAAAACUAACAUGAGUAUCAGAAUCCUUCCAUCUGACGGCACAGUAGAUAUGCAGAGGCAGCUUCCUUUGUUCUGAAGUGAUAAACUCACAUCCACUGUGUUAACCAUAUUGGUAGAGGAGGAAACAAACUAGGUAAGUAACUUUGUGUUUUGUUUUGUUGUUUUUGUGGGGGUUUUUCCCCUUCCCACCAGCAGUGUAGAUUAGAAUCAAAUUUGCUUGGAACUUGGUAACAUAUAUUGUGGAUGACAAAGUUCACACAGACUUUUAAUGGAACAGUCCAUAGGGAAAAUCAUAUUUAUUAAAUAUGCCCAAUAAACACAUGAGUUCACUUUUUAAUUUUCUCCUUGUUCCGCUUUUCCCCUUUGGGGGUAUUUCUGGAAAAAAUAACUCUGAGCCUGCAGCCUUUGCAUGCUCUCUCCUCUUUUCCAGUACAGACUUUGUCUUUGCUGGGAAAAACUCCAAUCCCUCUUCUCGUUGAGAAGCUUCUGCUGGAGGUGCAAUAGUGGCUUUACGAUGCCCGGCUCUGACAGAUGCCCAGACAUAUAAACUACUUCCGCAAGCUAAAGUGCUUUGUGUGUGGGGAGUGGUCCUUUUUUAAUUUUCUGUAAUGAAAGUAAGGCUUCCAAAUUAUCUUAGUGAUCGAAAAUAACAUGCAAUUUAAAAUGCAUGCAAAUUUGUAUUUCCUGCAGUAAACAGAUUUUUGUUUUGACAAGCAGUUUAUAAACUGCUGCCACUUGCUAUCGGUUAGGUAAUACCCUUAAUCUGCCGUGCAUGUCUCCAGCCAUAUCGGGUGCUGGUGUAGAAUCACAUAUAGAAUGCAUGUUUUUGUAACACUAUUUUGUUCCUUCCGUCCUACAUAUUUGUCCCUCUUUGGCAGCACUUUCCUGAAAUAGGACACCCAUCCUGAUGCCAACACACUGGCUUCACAUUAUGCUGAUUCCAGAACUGAGUGGUCACUUUUUUUUUUUUUUUUUCCUUCCUCUGAACCUAUCUUGGAAAGUGUGUGGCCGAUUCACGAACAGGGUUGUCCAAACUCUGGCCCUCCAGAUGUUGAACUACAACUCCCCCGAUUCUUUGAAUGAAAUAGCCAAAAAUUCAUGGGAGUUGUAGUUCAGCAACAUUUAGCAAACCAGAGUUUAGAGAACACUGUAGUAACUAGAGGUUAAACACAACUACAGCACAUGUAAUGUAGUUGCUUUGAUCUAGAAAUGCUGGCUGCAUAGUUGUAUAUGCAGAAUACCAAUAGACACAAUUCCAUUGUGUAGAUGGAAUUGCAUAUUAAAAGUUAACUUUUUUGUGUGUAUCGUAACAGUUCACAUCAGAAUAAAAAAAAAUAUUUUUUAAAACAUGGUUUAACCCCUUAAGGACACAUGACAUGUGAAAUGUCAUGAUUCCCUUUUAUUCCAGAAGGUUGGUCCUUAAGGGGUUAAACAGUCUUGGUGGGUUUGAUCUACCUGAUUUAUUUAAAAGCUGCUGGCACACUGUAAUAUUGGCGAUCACAGCCAUAUAUCUCCAGUAAUAUGAACCAACUAACAGAGUAGAAGAAAUGCUGUUUUUGUCUUAUUCUGUGAUGUUAGAAGUUAAGGUUUUAUUUUCAAGAAGAUUAAAUAUUCAAUCCUAAAACUGUUCAGUGAGGUUGUUUAUGAUAAUGGUUUGGCAGCAUUUAAUUUUAAUGUACUGAGUGAUUUGCUUUAAUUCCAAGAAAGUUCUAAGUAACUUUUUAAUAAAACAGUGGAACUUUACAAAUUGCUAUAGUCUCCCCUGGCAUAUAGUGUAAGUAGUACACUUGAAUACUCAGUACCACUUUGCUUGCACACAGCUUCCAUUGUUAUCCUCCUGUGCACCUCCGUUUGUUCCUACCCUCCCACCCACCCGUUUUUGUUUUGUUCCCUUUUUUCUUUUUCCUCUGUUACAGUCUAGAAACCGCUAAACCCUCCUCCUCCCAGAGCGCCACGACCCCUGACCUUCUCAGCAUCUCUCAACCCUCCACCCCUUCUGCCCCCAUCUCUCUGCUGGCUGCCACCUCAGCGGGGGGUGGUGAACCCACCUCAGUCUCCACCUCCUCUUCCUCCUCCUCGGAUACACCUCCCAAUCCCUCGACUGCCCCUUGUGUCUCCAAUCUGCUUGACAUGAAACCUGUCCCGCUCCUGGCUCUAAAUGUCGUGUCCACAGCCUCAUCCUCUGCUGUUCCUGCCUCUGCCGCCCAGAUGUACUCUAAAGUGAAAUCGGAAAAGCAGCGAUUUUCUCCCUACUGAGUUGCCUGUCGUAUGAAUUAUAAUUGACAGAACACGUUUAUUUUAACGAAUUGUCAGAUUAAAUUGUUUAUGCUGUUGAUCCACUGUAAUUCAUUUAGUGCUAGAUAUCAGAAGAUUAUAUAUAUUUUUUUUCCCCUCCUUUUGAAGAUGGCUUAGGGACAUAGGAGGUUGGUACAGAUAAGGGAGGCUUGCUUCCUGCCUCUCAUAUUUUUAUUUAAUUUUUUUCCUUUUAUUUGUAAACCUACACGUAGUGGUAGCUGUGUUUUUAUUGCUUAACUCAACAAAUUUAAAUGUUUAGCAUUUACUGUGAGGUAUGUUUUAAUAAAAACAGCCAUUGGUUUGUUAACCAUACAAGGCUCUAGUUGUAAUAUUUAUGCUGUUUUGAGUGUUGGGUGAAGUCCUUUACGAUAAAGCACUUUGCACAAUGUAGGUUUGAUCAGCAAUUUAAACUUAUUAACGUGUCAUCCACAAAUUAUGUGGACCAGAAAUUCACAUUUGGGUAGGUAUAGAUUUGAUAUGGACAAUGUGUUGGUGAAACUGCUGCAAAUGUAUAAAAGUAUAAUUUCCUGAAAAUGUCUCUCCCUCGGAUGUCUUUGCCUACAUGGCCUUCAGGUUAGUCUCCCACAUUAAAUUUUGCUAUGGCACAGACAGACUCCCCAUUUAAAGUUGCUUAACAAAAUACUUUGGUGUUGGAUAUGAUUUGACCAAAUACCAUAGUAGUAAUGGAUAUUUUGGUCUCCCUAGAGGCUUUAAAGUUCCCAUGAUGCUCUAGGUUGUAACCUGGUGGCACUUAGUGGAAAAACUGGAUUUAAAAACCUAGUUUUCCAAGGCCCGAUAAAGGUCCCUUCCCAGCGCUUGGAAGUAUUAUUUAUUGCUCAUAAUGUAGGGGUGUCAACAUUAUAUAAUUGUGGUGUAUAUGUGUAUCAGCCGGGGGAGGGAGGGGAUGGAGCCAAGCUGCCUACUUAUGAUCAAAAAUCCUUAGUGCAUUGUGAUUUAAAAUGUUCUUUCUGAAACUCCAUCACUCAUCGUAGAUAUUUUUCUGCAUGCUAACCCACACAAACUGGUAUACCUAUUGGGGAUCAACAGAUUAUUGGUCUGGCCGAUAUUCUGUAUUCUCAGCAAUAUCGGUAUCUGCCAAUAAAGAUACCGAUAUUGUCGAUAAUGCUGACCAGGGCUACCAUUAGGGUCCUGGGGGUGGGGGGGACCAGUACAUUCUUACUUACCUUCCCCGAGGCUCCCUUCAGUACCGCUGACUAACACUCCCGAGUCCUGCGAAUGUCAGAGCACUGCCACAGGUUAACGUGGCACACAAGCCUCAAAAGUUAGACUGGGGAGCUGCUGGGAAGGGAAGUUAAGUGUUGCUGGGUCCACCAGGGAAUACCAUAGCCACCCUCUCUGGCCAGGUAAUAAGCAGGGAGGGGGCUCUUAAACAAAAUGUAAAAAAUUAAAUAGUUGGAAAAAAAUGCGCUCCCUCUAUUUUACACACAUUACAUAACUACAGUCUGCAUUCAUAUAUACGCACUACACAAAUACUCUGCAUUCGUUAUACGCACUACACAAACACACUCUGCAUUCAUUAUAUAUAUUACACACUGCAUACACUACACACAUUCUUGAAAACCUAAAUUCUGACUGGCAUGUACACUUUAUGCAUUUACAUUAAUAAAAAAAAUUGGCCAAAAAUAAACGUGUUCAGUUAACAGACUUGUGUAGAAAGUUUAUUUUUUCAAAAUGGUAAAUGUACAGAUUAUUGGUAAACUAUCUGCCUGAAAGUUCAGAUUAUCGGUCAAUCCCCAAUACCUAUAAUAUAAAUUUUAUUUAAAUAUAUUUUUUACACUUUGUACAAAUCUUAAUACUAUACAGUCUCACAGAUGUUUGAAAGCUUUUAUAGGGGAUCUGUCACUUCUCAGGAUAUUUUAAAAUUGUUUACUCCCUCGAUUGAACAAAUUUGUGUGGUGGGAGGAAAAAAAUUGGAUAUCCUUUUUAUUUAUUUUUUUGUUUUAUUUUUUUAUCCUGCAGCUGUAUACCUCCAUCAUAGCAAACAAAAAUAAAGGAUAAAUCAGACUCCAUUCACCAAAUUGCUGCUGCUGGCCAGGUAAAAGUCUCAAGACAAAGAAAACAAUGGGUCAGUUAUCACAAAGAUGCUUUGGCUCUCUCCUGUGGCGCAAUUCCUCAUGCCAUGGUUAUUUAUACUAUUAAAGCUGCAAUGACUUGUGUACUCUGCUGGAGCAUGGUGUUUUUGUGGUAACCAGCUUAGUGUUUUCUACUUCCACUGUAGCCCCUUGUCAGUCAUGGUUAUAAGCUAUAUAUUUUUGUUUGUUAUAAGCAAUCUUUUGCAGUCAACAUAGAGAAAGCGUACAGAGAAACUGAUAUUUCUGUUCCUUUGCUAUGUGUGUCCGGAGUUUUAUUUAGUAGAAUGUUUCAGAAAAGUGACAAUUCCCCUUUAAAGACCCAAACUUUAUUCAAAUCUACAUUGACACAAUACCGUUUUGUCAGGUUGACUCAAUCCAUAUUGAUAUUGACUUUGCUGAGAAUUCUAAAAAAUUAUGUCAUAGCCCAGCAGUUGGAUUUUUUUUUUUUUUUUUGUUAAACUACUAAAGUAAAAUUCAAAACAAAUGCUCCACAUGGGUGGUGUUUUUUUUUCUUUCUGGUAUUGUAGGGGUUAAGUCAUACUACAAACAUUCAGGUCUUAAACAAUGGAGUGCCCCAACACAGCCUGGCAAGCCACAUGCAGCGAGAAGAAAUGGAUUUUGGAACUUUACUAACUGAACAUUUAGUUGGGCACUAAAAAGAGAAUCUAGACAGACCAACAAACUGGUGCAUUUAAUACAAAUUUCUCAACUCCUGUUGUACAAUAUCAUAAAAAUGUCACAAAUCAAAAGGCUAGAUUUUACUGAUCAGCACAACUAAUGAAGUGUGAAGUUACAGAAAGUUAAUAACUACAUUUGUAGACUAAUUACUUUAACCUAGAAAUGUGUCAACAUGAACAAUGAAUUUUUAAAAUCAUCUCUAGGAGAGAAAGUUAGACCUAUACUGUGCCUAAACUGAGCAAUUACUGCGGAUCGCAACCUCAUUGUUUAGAGCCCUUCAGUAUCCUUUACUAGAGGGAGAAUUCGAGGUGAAUGUCAAACUUAAUGCCAAAACAGCAGACUUGGAAAAAUUCUCUAAGUCAGCUAUGAUUUUGUAUUUGGCGUAAAAAAUUAAAAUUCCCUUUGAAUAAACUGAUACCCUGCCUGUGAAUUUGAAUAUGCUUAGGGACCUGUGUUGAAUUUGUAGCCAGUGAUCCUUUUUGGAACAUAGUGCAUGCCAUCUAAAAUGUGUAAGGAAGGUAAGUUAACUGAAUUGAUAGGUACAGCAGACAUAAGCUUUUUUUUUUUUUAAACAAAUGCAUAUUGCAUAACUUACAACUCUGAACAUGUUUUCAUAUAUUUGAGAUUUAUAUAUUACACAGUGUAAAAUGAUUUGGGGAAGUGAUGCAGGGGAAAUUAAAAUGACCGUCUUUAAAUGUACAUCUCUAACUGCUUUUAGUUGUUUGGUGUUUCAGUCUAUUUAGCAUUGUGCAUCUUGUAUUCUCAUCUUAGCCAACCCUGGUUUAGUUUCUAAAAUCUACCUUGUUGGGCCUUUAUAAAUUAAAAUGAAAAUCAACACUGUCCAUUUCAUAACUUAAUCACCUGUUUAAGCCGUUGAUCUGGUGCUGGAGACCCUUUUCCUCCCGCUCUUAGGAACCACAAUCAGUGUGUGUGUGUGUGGCUUGUGCUCCUGAAACUGGAUGUUUUGUUGGCUUCAUUAAUUGAUAAAGUUGGUUUCAAGGACAUCUGGCAUAAUUAUAGCAUAGCCUUCAUGGCUUUAAAAGAGCACUGCACACACAGCACUUCAGCUUCCUGAAGUCAUUUGUGUCAGCACGGUCUCCUUUUUAUUUGCAGCUUAAAAAAAUUAAAAUAGCAAUUUCAUAAAGUCACUUUUAUGAAUGAUUGCAGAAACACCACCUUUGUUAGACAGCUACAGGUGUUCUAUUCACUUUUCCAUAGAGCUAAGAGAAGAUGACCGCAUGUGCACAUGCUUUCUCCCCCAAAUCUCAAUGUACCUAUGAGCAUGCACAUCCAGAGAGCUAGUUCUACGCUUUACCAGUGGCCUCCCUGGAAAGCUGUUAGGCUGUGGCUCAAUCUGUUUUCUGUGUAACAGACGUGGGGGGGGUGUACAGUUACUUGGAAUAAUUCCAAGCAGUUUUAAGAUGUACCGUUAUUGGGGGAAAAUUUAAAAAAUGUAUGUUCUUUGUAGUGUCUACCUUCCCCCCCCUUCCUCCCAUAUUGCUAAAUGGAGUGUUUCUUUUGAGCAGUUACAGCUCACAUUUAAAGAUUGCUUCCCAUUUCUGGGGGUUAUUUUCAUGCUUUGCAUUAGAAAAUGACUUUUAAUGUGUAAUCAACAUGAUCCUGACUGCUUGUGAACAGGUUACUGUUGCAUUUAGUCUCUUAAAAUCUUUUUAAUUGCUAUUGUGUAUUUCCCUACUAAUGGUUACCAUGUGUUGAAGGUUUUAUGUAUUUUUAUGUAAGCCAGAAGUUGUUCGUCAAGCUUAUUUUAUAUAAUUUUUUUUUUCCCCCUCCUUAUAGGCUUUCUUCAGAAGCUGGUGGCAUGGGAAGCAGUUAAACAUCUUCCAACAUCACUCUCCUGUAUAGAUCACUGUCAGUCUGCAUAGCCCUGCAAACUUUUUUUUUUUUUUUCUUUCCCAGGUUUUAACUAGUUUGCAAACUUUUCAGUUCCCUUGUGCUUUCCCUCAUCCACUCGACCACUCAAUGUUUUUUUUUCUUUUUUUAACAAAAUGACAAUUUUUAAAUUGUUUUGGUUUUCCUCCAGCUGUUAAAACCUGCUGAUACAGAUUUUAGUUUUAUAAAAGUUUGUCCUGUUUAUUUUUUUUGGUCAAAAUGUAAAGAGUGGGGUAUUAAAUGCAUUUCAAUUUAGUUCUGUAACGUCAGGAUUUUUUCAGAAAACAAUUAAAUAAAGACGGACUGGAAUUUGAUUUUUGUGCUUUCCCUUCCACACAGUCUGCUACAGAAAACUGCAUGUCCUCUUAUAACCUUUUUACUAAAUUUGAAGUUUACAGUGAAGACCUGGUAAUAAGUUCUAUGCCACUGAAGUGGGAUAAUCCUAGUGUAGAGCUCUAGGCUCUUAGGUGAAUUGUAUAGAGAAGUGACUGCUUUUGGUUCACCUUGUUAAUUUGCGCUCUCUCCUAAACAUCGGUUAGUUGGCAAGGAUUGUAUUAAAUUUGUUAUGGAAGUCACAAAUUGCAGGAACAAUGUCAGCACAAACUUUAUCGCACAUGCCAGAAUAUCUAAACUGGACUUCUGAAAUAUAAAUUGCCAUCUGGAUUUAUACAUUAUUGUGACUGCCAAUACAUAGUGUGUUGAGGGGGAAAACCCUCUAAAUAUUUACACACUGUUGAGUUGGGUACAUAACUCCAUAUGUACAUUGAAACAAAUUGUAAAAAUGGAAUAGAUUAACUAGGUAAACUACUUUAUCCAAUUUUUCUUAUCAGUUAAAGGGAAGCAGUCUGCCUAUAAAUUGCGCUCUACCUUGCCAUGUAUUUCACAAUUGACAUUGGUAGAGGAGUUGCCAUUUCUCAAACUUGGAGUUUGCUCCUAUGUUGGUAUUGCCUGAACGUUGGAGCAGGGCUCAACACUUCUACUUGCUAUGUGAUUUGGGUACGUGGAAUUGUUUUCGGUGAGUAGGCAUUCUUCACCCCUGGUAAAUGUGUCAUCCAUACAUACAUGGUGUGUGGAUUUUCAGUCCUUACAAGUAGCUCACAGCUUGACAUUUUAAGCCCUAAAGAUUGCAUUCAGUUAAUAAAGUAGGAAAAACAAUCCGUUAAGGAUGUUGCUGCCAUUUCAUCAGGUUGUGGAAAUUGAUGACACUGGUGUUCAUAGAAGUGAUGUGUCAUUACAUGUAGAGGCAACAGUACAUGCUGGAUCUGUUUGGUGAUUUACUCAGUACUCAUGUUUGAACAAAGUUUUGCAGUUACCUGUAUUUUGGACAAUGAUCUACAAUGGUAAUACACAGUACUUAAGGGUUUGGUUAGUGUUUAUCAUUACGAAGAAAUGUUAUUAGUGUGUGGUUUUUUUAAUUUUUUUUAUUGCUACUUUAAACAUUAGGUGACGUGAUACUUGGACUUAAAUCACAUUAAAG